AUGCCUUCUACCAACUUUCUCAGCAACGUGAGUAUCACUCAUCUUACGACUGCAACUGCUAUUUUUAGUAUUGAUCAUGUCAACUUUUUGACUGACCCUGUAUUCUCGCCGGCUGGAACGAAAUUGAAUUAUGAAUCGAAUAUUUUAAAAGAUGGAUCCGCUAUUCUGCAAAAUAGCAUUGAUCCUGCCUUGGGAUUGGAAAGUUUACCUCCUAUUGAUGCAGUACUUUUAAGUCACGAAGAUCAUGCAGAUAAUUUGGAUGAUCUCGGCCGUCGCCUUUUAGAUGGUCGUAAAGUCAUUACUACUAUGGAUGGUGCAAAGAACCUCCAACCUCGACCAGGUGUUCGUGGCAUUCGCCCAUGGGAGACAAUCCCACUUGAUGUUGGCGGAAAGACCUUUCAAGUUACCGGGGUACCUACGAGACACGUUCCAGGAGAAGAGUGUACUGGAUUUAUCUUGGAGUGCAACACAUUUGGUACGAGUCCUGAGGGACUUCCAAAUGUGAUCUACUUUUCUGGUGAUACUGUUUACAUUGAGGAAAUCAAGGAAAUUCGUAAAAAGUAUCACGUGUGUGUUGCAAUUCUCAAUCUUGGAAAGGCCAUUGCAUUUUCACACGAUGGACCAUUGCAGAUUACUUUGGACGGAAAGCAAGCCGGUCAACUUGUAAAGGAUCUAAAUAUUGAGCUGAUGGUACCCAUUCACUUUGAAGGAUGGGGUCAUUUUACGCAAGCUGGAAAGGAAUUAACCCGAGACUUUGAGGAAGAAGGGAUCAGCGACAGAGUCUGUUGGGUCACUCCAGGAAAGCCCUCAACCUUGAUUUCUGGGAAAUGA